AUGGUGGCUCAACAGCGCUCGGCGCCGGUACGCCGCCGCAACGGUAAGCAGCAGGCAUGUGAGCCUUGUCGCAAGCGCAAAUUGGCUUGCGAUCACGACUAUCCCACUUGUCACAGAUGCCAGAGGAGGAGAAUCUCGGAGCAAUGUGUUUAUCUACCACCGGCCAAGGCACGCUCGGCUUUGAGGGGCCAGCACUCGGAAAGCACAACAUCACCACCCUCUCCUCCGCGAAUUCAGCGGAAUCUCGAGGUCCUGAGCACCGAAAUUACUCCUGGCCAUGACAAGAACAUCACACCACCCGGCCCUCAGUGGCCACUGUUCGAAGGGACUCGAGCGUGGAUAGGGCCUACUAGUUUCAACGCCGUCUACCAGGAGAACAGGGUUCUGCUCGGACAACUACCAAGACCACCCGAGUUAGCAGAGCUUUGUAACGCACAAAUAUGGGCCGAAUUAGCACACCGCAGAGGUCUCUCGAGCUCUAGGUGGGUUCAAUUGGGAGUUGAGGUCUUGAGACAGGUACCAGACACGGAGCAGAUCUGUGACUCACUCUUCGCAAGACAUGUUGGUCCCAAUGAGGGAUGGGUAAGGCUGGCAGGGAAAAUGGUCAGCCAGUCUCUCUGGAAAAGGUAUGGCUCCCUGCUUCUGGGUAAACAGGAAGAGAACCUCGAGGGGCUUUCUCGUCAUCUCUGCCAAAAUCAUGGAGUGACUGUCCGAGAAGACGCCACCGACACCAAUGUCUGGCUGGAGUCUUUCAGCGGCAAGAAUCUCCAGUGGGAGGCACUGGGAAUUCUGUUCACAUUCUGGGCCUUUGGGGUUUUGGCAUCGCCCGUGGAAGACUCCAUCUUCAUGCAGCCUGACGGGACCAUACGAGAGCGUCGGGCAGUUGUCACUCAAUUGAAGAACUGCGCAUCGUCGUGUAUUGAAUUGUACGGUAACGAUUCGGCUGACAGUGGAAAUACGCUUCUGGUCUAUCUGAUGUACAGGCGUAAUAUACUGGACGCGGUGCUGGAAACUGAUGCUGGUAACACACCACCGUCUAUCAUUGAAGAGACGAGCGUGAGACUGACCACUCCCAGCACCUAUCGUAUGGCGGCAGCACGGCGAGCUGGCUGCGUUGACGAUGUCUCUGGGGCUACAUCGAGCAAAGGUUUAUCCGUCUGA